AAACGUAGACCUACUUAUCAGAGACUUAUCUGACUGAGACAUCAUCAUGAGUGGCUGCCCUUUCUUAGGAAAUAAGACAGGUAAGCUGUACUUAGAAGACUGUGAGGAAGACAAAUCUCAGAAAGGUGUGAAUAAAGCCAGUAAAGGAGGCAUUAUCUAUGGCAGCUACCUUCACCUGGAAAAAAUACUGAAUGCUCAAGAACUACAAAGUGAAAAUAAAGGAAAUAAGAUCCAUGAUGAGCAUCUUUUUAUCAUUACCCAUCAAGCAUAUGAACUCUGGUUUAAACAAAUACUGUGGGAGUUGGAUUCUGUCCGUGAGAUUUUUCAAAAUGGCCAUGUGAGAGAUGAAAGGAACAUGCUUAAAGUUGUGACGCGGAUGCACCGAGUCUCAGUGAUCCUUAAAUUACUGGUAGAACAGUUUACUGUAUUGGAAACCAUGACAGCCUUGGACUUCUAUGAUUUUAGGGAUUACUUGUCUCCAGCAUCAGGAUUUCAGAGUCUGCAGUUUCGACUAUUAGAAAAUAAAAUAGGGGUUCUUCAAAGUCUGAGAGUCCCCUAUAACAGAAGACAUUACCGGGAUAACUUCAAAGGAGAAGAAAAUGAACUGCUCCUUAAGUCCGAGCAGGAACCAACGCUCCUACGGCUGGUGGAGGCAUGGUUGGAAAGAACACCGGGACUGGAACCGCAAGGAUUUAACUUCUGGGGGAAAUUUGAAAAAAAUACCAUCAAAGGUCUUGAAGAAGAAUUCAUAAUGCUUCGGACUGAAGAAGAAUCAGAGGAAAAAGAAGACCAACUGGCUGAACUUCAAAAACAGAAAGAAGUGCUACUGUCCUUGUUUGAUGAGAAACGUCACGAGCAUCUUCUGAGUAAAGGUGAAAGACGCCUAUCAUACAAAGCCUUGCAGGGUGCACUAAUGAUUUACUUUUACAGAGAAGAGCCAAGAUUCCAGGUUCCCUUCCAGCUGCUUACUUACCUUAUGGACAUAGAUACCCUCAUGACAAAAUGGAGAUAUAACCACGUGUGUAUGGUGCACCGAAUGAUUGGUAGCAAAGCAGGUACUGGAGGAUCGUCUGGCUACCAUUAUUUACGCUCAACGGUGAGUGACAGAUACAAGGUAUUUGUGGAUCUAUUUAACCUUUCCACAUAUCUAGUGCCAAGGCACUGGAUACCAAGGAUGAACCCGAUCAUUCAUAAAUUCCUUUACAUGGCUGAAUAUUGUGACAGUUCCUACUUCAGCAGUGAUGACUCUGAAUAAAACCAUCUUUGAAGUAUGUAUAUAAUGAACUUUUGGUUGUUCCAACCGAUUAAAAUCUGCAAGUAUCUUCAAAUGUUACAUUGUACGUGCGUGUGUGUGUGUAUAUGUGUAUAUUUGUGCAGAGCAAUGUUGCAUUAGAAACCCACCAAUAAAAAUUCCCAAAAUAACUUGGUUACCUCAAUUUAGUAAUGAUGUAUGGAUUUUUAAAAGAUUAUGUCAGUUAAAUUUGCACCUUGUACAUAGGAAAUUUUACCUGUAAAAUUAUUGCGUCUUAAUAGAUAUAUAAGUAUGCCAUUGUAUAAACCUUUUAUAAAGUUGUCAUUGUAUUGAAUCUUUUAAAUACCUUGCAAAGCACUUGACUUUGUCAUUAAAAUAUUAAAACAA